UGUAAAUUGAUUUUGAUAUUAAUAAGUUUAGCACUUUUCCUUUUUUCCCAUCUACAACUAUUACUGUAGCUAACCUUAUCAUCUGUGCGGCACUGGCUUAUUUUUUCUUAUUCUUCACUGCCAAUUUGCUAACAUUCUUUAGCCGAAAACUCCCUCCAAAUCCAAUUGGCUUCCUGUUUACCACCGUCCGGUGUGUAUUUAACGGUGAAUAAUCACAGUUUGAGGCUCUUUCUAUUAUUGCUGAGACAAGGUAUGGUCAAGAAGUUUUUUCUAAAGAUCGAGUUUUUAUUGAAGAGAGUGUUUCCAAGUGUAUCGGGCAUCAUUCUUCUCCACCUAUUCCCGAAUUAGGCCGUUCACUGUUGAUUCCUGAGAGUAUGUCCUUUAAAUUUGGUUGGAUUCCCGAGAUUCAAAGUUUGCUAUGAAAGAUUAAGUUUUUUUUUUUUUUUUUUGGAGUAAAGACUAGGUUUUGAUGCUAAUGGAGUUUCAUUGAUUUUGGAAGCACUUUUCUAUCUCUUGUAUUGAAAUCCUAACAUAUGUAACUAAGCUUCUCGUCUGUGUUGUUGAUCUCUGAUACUCUGUUUCAGUGUUCUGUGAUCUUUAUUGUUAUUGUUAUUUUUAUUUUUGGACUAGAAUUUUGAGGAGCAGCUGCAGCCAAUUUGUUCAGAAAGAAAGCAUCGAUUUUUGGUGGGACAAAUGGCUGGCGGUCUUUCUGAUUUUCAUGUAAUGAAGGUGAUCUCCUUGAUUUUGCGACAAUAUUUCACUGUCCUAAUUGAUGUUUUACAGUAAAAUAGUUUAGGUUAGCUUUUUUUGUUGGGGGCUGGUCUUUGGUUUGAUAAAUUUUUCUCCAUUGAAUAGUGCACGAACAGUGAACAGUACCCUGAAGAUGAGGACCGAAUUAGUCUGCUUUCAACCGAUAUCCUUGUUCAUAUCCUAUCUUUUCUAAAACUGAAAGAAGCUGCUCGAACAAGUCUUGUUUCAAAACUUUGGGUUGGACUUUGGAUGUUUGCUGUUGUUCAACUCGAUUUUGAUGCUUCUAAAGUGUUACUAGAAAUAGCUGCAGUGAGAUCCGAACCUAGUUUCCUUAGCAAGAAGAGGUGCCAUUAUGUUGAAUGGGUGAAUAAAGUGCUGCAGUCACACAAAGCUAUGGUGAUCGACGAGUUUAGGAUUUGCUUUGAAUUGGACGAAUCUUCUCAAGAUGAUGUUGAUGAAUGGCUUCUCUACGCAUUUGCUAAGAGGGUUAAGAGUUUGCAGUUGGACUUUUUACAAUUUGGCAUGCCCACUGCUUUUGUUUUAGAGCCUUAUCUUUUCCCUUCUUGUAGGAUCUUUGACCAGAAUGUUGAGGAAAACUCAAUUGAAUCUCUUUCUAUCAUUCAUACCAAAAGCUUUCGUACCCUGAGAGUGACGGACUUCCAGUCCCUAAGAUCAUUAAGAUUAGCUGGUGUCGAUGUGACAGGCGAAACUCUUCAUUUUUUAAUGGAGAAAUUCCAUUUGCUUGAACAUCUGGUAGUAAUUGGUUCACAAUCGGAAGAUUUGUCAAGUGUCUUGGUUUGUGGUUCAUCAUCUCUAAAAUAUCUGGAGUUAACCCAUUGCCGAUGUUUAAAAUCCAUCAUUGUGCGUGAUGCACGACAUCUUGUCUCACUUAAAUAUACUUGGGUGAGUAACGUGGUGCUUGAAAAUGUUCCAGAGCUUGUUGAUGUAUGGGUUUCUGGUUGGAAGUUCAGUCGAAUGAUCCUUCAGCUUUCCAGCCUCCUAACAAGGUUGGAAAGUCUUACAUUACGUGUCUCGAAUUCUGAUGUUAAUGAGGACGUCACAAGGUUUCUUAAAGUUCCCCAUCCAAUUGGGUUGAAGCAAUUAACCUUGGAUGUUCGAGCUUCUGAAGACGAUAGCCUUCUUCGUUUAACUUCAUCAUUCAUGAAGUCAUGCCCCAACUUGGAGAAGUUUGUUCUAAAGGUACCUAUGUCAUCUCUUGCAUAUAUAUAUAUAUAUAUAUAUAUAUAUAUAUAGACACACACACACACACACACACACAUAUAUAUAUAUAUAUAUAUAUUAGUUUUUGUGCCCUUAUUUUGUAUUCCCUCUGUUCCACAAAGAUGGUCCACAUUGCAAAUUGUGGAUUGUUCAAUUCUCAAUUUGUAACCUAGAUUGUUUUUAUGGGACGGAGAAAGUAUGCGUUAGUGCCCUACGUUCUAAAACUGCUAGCAGCUUAUUCAAGCUCUCCAGAAGGAUCUUGCUCAUCUGAAGUAUUCUAGAUUAGUGUCUGAGUUUCAAAGUUUCUUCUUGUGUAAAACUUAUGAGUAACUUUCGACUAUUUGCCAUCCCUAUCACCUUGCUGUUUCCUUGUGCUAAACUCUUACAUCUGAACAUAAGCAACAUCAUUUGGGUUACUCUUGUUUUCUCAAUGUAGGAUUUAUGUCCUUCACAACUUUGUAUUGGCUUGUAGGUGUGAAUGUUUCUUGACUGCAUUUGACUAAAUUAUUUCUGAUUUGUCAUGUUGUGUUGGUAUUUCCAGUUGCACUGGUUGCCCAGUUGUUGUAUAAGUAAUAGACAAUUUAAGAGAGUUCCAAGUCGACCGCACAAGUGUCUUAAAGUUUUUGAGUUUCAAGGGUAUUAUGGUCGUAAAGCGGACGAUGAGAUUAUCAUGUACUUUCUGAAAAAUGGCACUGCCCUAGAAAGAAUAAUACUUGACCCUCGUUGUCAAACUUUCUGCUUUCGCCAACGUAUAAGGGAACCUCGGACGGAGAUCGCCAGAAUUCGUGCUGAGGAGUUGUUUAAGGGAUUGAUAAGGCCUUCUGUUGAAUUAGUUAUUUAAGUUUCCUGUGGGCUGUGGCAUGCUCUUGUUGUAAGUGGUCUUUGUUAUUUUGAAUUUGCAUUUCAUUGAUCCCUUUGCACCGGUGAAUUAAGGUGCAUUGUGAGUUUCAAGUAAUAAUCAGUCCCUUUGUGUGGGGAUGGUUGGUGGGUAGGGUUUAGAGGUUGGUUGUUGGUCUAUCAUACAAUAAGACGGAAUAUGUAUCUGAAUUUUAGAAUGCGCUUUUUGAUGUUGUAAUAUAGACAGCUUUUAAUCUCAUAUUUCUUAAUCAUUCUUGGUAUGUUUAAAUCCUCAACUCAAAGCCUGAACCGGUUUCGACAUUUUGGCCGGAAUCCAAAUGCAGCAAAUAUUCUUGUCAAUAUAUUGUACAUAUUGUUUAUAGUUUACUGUGAUCAGGGACUUGAUUGUGCAUAUCGAAAGCUCUAGGG